AUGUUUGGUGGGUUAGAUUAUAACGCUUUCUCUGUUGCCUCUGGCCAUUCACAAUACGGAACAAGUUAUUUCACUCCAUAUCUUUUUACUUCUGAAGACAUAUAUUCUAUCACAAAAGAACACCUUCCUUCGCCAAUCAUUUCUUCAACUUCAUUAUGGAAAUAUUUGGCUUGUGUGAAUGGACAUGCAAGGACACUAGAGUGGUUCCUUGCAGAAUUGAAAAAAAUUGACCUAUCACAUCCAAAAUCACCUCAAGCUAUAAACGAUGAAAUAAUGAAGUGUUAUAAUAGAGCCAAAGAGCAGUUUGCACAAAGAAAUAAGCAUGUAACAUUUAACAAAGAAGUGGCGAAGAAAAUACUGGCAUAUGUGAUCACAGAACAAACUUUCCCUUCAUUUACUAAUGAAAUUAUUCCAGGUGGCCCAACAUUCAAAGCGCUUGAAGAUGGAGGGUAUAUCCGUUUGCGUAAACACUCCGAAUGUUUCGAUAAUGUAAACAACAAGAGUUUGGAAUUAAUUGGAGGAAAACUAAUGGGUUUGUAA